AGUCGAGACAGACUCGCUCUGUAUGUACAACUUCUCCGUUUAAAAUCUGUUGCAAACAUAUUGUGCAGUCACAUAGAGAAAACAUUUACAAAAUAAUGCAUUUAAAUAUAAAAAUAUAAAUAAAUAUGUAAUAAAAAUCUAUAAAUAUUAUAAAACAUAUAACUAAAUAAAAUAAUAGUGGUGUUACAAUAGUGUUUUGGAAAACUCAAGCAAGAUGAGUAAUUCAAAACUGAGAAAUUGGACCAAUAAUAAUAAAUUGCUGGUAUUAUUUAUACUGGCCACUCUAUGCCUUUUUGUGUCCACUGUUGCAUUAGCGACUAUGACUAAAGACUCUUGCGGACAAGUUCUUGAACUUCAAGGCAGCAACUUAACUAAAAGAGAAGAGAAAAAUCAAACAAUAGCGGAUAAAAAUUAUUAUCGACUCCCGAGGUCCAUCGUUCCAAAAAAUUAUAAACUUAUGCUUCAUCCUAACAUAUCAAGUAAAACUUUUAACGGCUCAGUAAUGAUUGCAAUAACUGCAACGCAACCUGCAAAAACAAUAACACUCCAUACGAAUAAUCUGACCAUUCAUGCAGUCUCCUUGAAAAAUGGCAAUGGCGACGUUCCAAUAACAUCCACUAAAAUGACGUUGGACAAAAGAGAACUACUGAUUAUCAGCCUAAAAUAUGAAGUUUCCGGGGAAAAUUCGCUUUUCAUACUAUUCUCUGGAAGAUUGGAUAAAAAAAUUGUUGGAUUUUAUGCUAGUCAUUUGAAAAAUGGCGGAACCAUGGUGGCGAGUAAGUUCCAACCGACUUAUGCCCGUCAAGCCUUUCCAUGCUUUGAUGAGCCUGCUUUCAAGGCUACAUAUGAUAUUACUUUAUGGAAGCCACCAUCUUACAUAGCCCUUUCCAACAUGAACGAAAUAGGAUCAGUAUUUGAUAAAGAUUCUAACAUGGAUAAGGUUACAUUCGCUACAAGUGUUCCGAUGUCCACAUACUUAGCCUGCUUUGUGAUUUGUGACUUUGAUCACAAACAGGAUGAAAUUAACUCUGGUGACAUUGGAAGUAACUUCACCCUUCGCUCAUUUGCUCAAAGACAAGAACUGUACAAGAUUGAUUUUGCUCAAGAUAUCGGAAAGAGGGCUACUGAGUUCUAUAUCAGAUAUUAUGAAGUACCAUUCCCUCUGCCCAAAUUAGAUAUGAUUGCAAUUCCUGAUUAUGUAUCUGGAGCCACAGAACAUUGGGGUCUGAUCACAUACAGGGAGACAUCAUUCCUUGUUGACCCAGCUAAGGCAUCGGCUACAAACAAAAUAAAUGUUGCCAACACAAUAACACAUGAGCUUGCCCAUAUGUGGUUUGGAAACUUAGUGACCAUGAAAUGGUGGGAUGAUGUUUGGCUCAAUGAAGGUUUUGCUUCAUACAUGCAAGUUAAAGCCUUAGAUGUUAUUGAACCUACUUGGAAAGUGUUGGAUCACUUCCUAACUAAGACAUUACACCCAGUUUUGGCAAUUGAUGCAAAACUAUCAAGUCAUCCGAUAGUACAAACUGUACAGACUCCUGAUGAAAUCACUGCCAUAUUUGACUCAAUCUCUUAUAAUAAGGGAGCUUCAAUCUUAAGAAUGUUGGAAGGUUUCAUUGGCCCUGAGAACUUCCGUUUGGGGGUCUCGGAUUACCUGAAAAAGUAUAAGUAUGGCAACACCGUCACUCAAGACCUACUGUCAUCAUUAGAACCUUACUUUAAGACAACCUAUCCUGAUUUGAAUCUCUCAUAUAUAAUUGAUACCUGGACAAGACAGAUGGGCUACCCAGUCCUGGAAGUGAAAACGGGCGACAUGCCUAACACAUACUUUGUGACGCAGUCGCGGUUCCUUAUCGACCCCGAUGCUACGUAUCCCAAUGAUUCCAAAUUCGAUUACCGCUGGUUCGUGCCAAUAACAUUCAAGACUAAUAGUGGAACAAAUAAUGAAAUUGUAUGGCUGCCAGAUAAGGCACAAAAUGUGAAAUUGAGAGUAAAUGAUGGUGACCAGUGGGUAAAGUUAAAUGUUGAUCAAGUUGGCUACUACAGAGUAAAUUAUUCACUGUCCAUAUGGCAAACCCUGAUUGCAGCCAUGAAGUCUAAGUCCAAAGAGAUAACCCCAGCAGACAGAUCAAACCUCAUGGACGAUAUAUUCGCACUAGCGGAGUCUCAAGAAGUGCCAUACAACCUAGCAUUAAAUCUCACGACCUACUUGCUGGUAGAAAACGAUAUCACGCCGUGGCGAACCGCCGCAUCUGUGUUCAGGGACUUAGAAGACCGACUGUCUAACUCCUUGGCUUAUGACAGUCUGAUGAAAUAUGUCCAGCGCAUCAUUCGUCCUAUUUACGUGAAACAGAAUUGGGAAGCUGAAAAUCUUCCUAUUCUCGAUAGUUUAUUACGUACCACGAUCUUAUCGAUGGCCGCACACUAUCAGUUGCCGGAAGCUGAGGCGACAGUGAAGAGCAUGUUCCAACUGUGGCUGAACGGGCACGGGAUAACAGAGAGCAAACCCAUACAGCAGGACUUGAGGGAACUCGUCUACUUUUAUGGUAUGAAGUCAGCCUCCAUGACAGAUUGGGACAAAUUGUGGAAAAUAUAUCAGAAAGAGGAAGAUGUUCAGGAAAAGGUGAAACUGCGCAGGGCCCUGGCCGCGCCGCGAGACACCACUAUAUUACGCAAAUUCCUCCUUAUGGCGUGGGAUGAGUCGAACAUUCGUAGCCAGGACUACUUGAACGUUGUAACACAGAUAAGCACGAACCCUUCGGGCACGGCUCUCGUGUGGGAAGACGUUCGGUCCCGCUGGCCGCAGCUGGUCGAACGAUUCACGCUAAACAGCCGGUAUUUGGGCAAUGUUAUACCGGCUAUUACUGAAACUUUUAAUACUGAGCUUAAGCUUCAAGAGAUGGAAGCAUUCUUCGCCCAAUACCCCGAAGCGGGCGCAGGAGAAGGUGCCCGGGCUCGCGCACUAGAGACCGUACGCAACAACAUACGAUGGAACCAACACCAUCUCAACGAAGUCGCCGCCUGGGUCAACGCCAACCAGAGAGCUUAACUUCCGUAUUUAAAAUAAAUAAGUACUUAACAGCGCGGCACUAUGGUUCUAGAUUGCUCUCGAAUGUUCGCAGAUCGUCUGAUGUUAUGUUGUUUCCUAGUCAGGUAUUCAAUGGGUUCUGAUACAUGUACCUACGGGACGAUUUGAUAAAAAACGUUUGUAGAAGUUAUUCACAAGGGCUGCUGUCAAAUUAAAAAAAAAAUGUGCAAUUUGCAAAAGAAACUCCAAAGAAAAGAUCUUUUAAAGGAAAAUACUAUUUUAAGAAAUCUACCGGGUGUGUCGUUCACAAUCACAUUCAAUCCUAUCGCAUAAACUUUAUGAUAUUCUAUGGCGAAUUGAAAAAAAAUUACCUAAUCCAUUCAGUGGUUUAACCGCAGCACAGGAGUCAUUUUUAGUAUUUAUAAUUUACAACAUCAUGUGUAAAGCAGAGAUAUAGUUAGGAGUAUCGAAUGUUUUGAUCAGUUGACAGCUGUCAGUUUUCACGGGAGAAUUUCAGUUGUUUGUAAUGACUGACUUUUAUUAUGGUGUUCUAAUUUUCGCACAUUUUUAUUAUAUUUACUUUGUUUGUUUUUUACGUAUUUUUCUUUUUACCAGUAUAUUAACUCAUUUCAUUUAAUGUGAUUGUGAACGACACACCAGAUAUAUGACUUCUCUGUCUGAAUGGAACCCAUGGAUAGAUUUUUCUGCGAACCAGCGUCAAGAAUAUGAUCUCGAUCGCAUUCAACAGUCAAGAUUUAAUAAACAUAAUUAUAGUCGAUAAAUGGUUAAGCAUUCGAUGAUUUCUUCAUGAUUGUGCCUCUUGGUGUCUAUUAUAUUAUAAUAUUAGUAUGAGAGUGAAGGAUGUCGUUUUAUCGACAUUUGACUGAUGUUUGGAUGCCCAGCGCAAAGCGCUUGUGUGAUUGAAUAUUCGAUAUCAUAGACAUAGAAAAUGGAGUAAGCGUGCCACGAGCAGUAAAAUUUUGAAAAAAAAUAUGGUACACAUUCUGACAGCCAGUUGUUGUCAUUCUAGAACUUUUGGUAUUUUUAAUCGUCUUGUAAGGUUGAUAAUUUUUAGGUAAUUUGUUGAUAAAUCGUUUUCUAAAAUAAAGGUCUUUUGGUAGCUGCAUUUUCUAUGUCUAUGGACACAAAACGAUUAAAGAGUGUGUUGGAUUUGAUCUAUGCAGGUUUUAAUCAUAAGCGUUAAUAUACACAAUUUUAUAAAUGUUUAUAUUUACUAACUUAUAUUAUUUAUGACUAGAAACUUGAAAUUUUUCGAUCGACUUUAUAGUAAGUACCAAAAUUCCGACCUUAAUAUUGAUAAUCUUCCUACAUUUAUAAAUAAGUACUUCUUCUUCUCUGUCGAUUCGCUCUUGGCAGAGCGGUCGUGGUCACGUUGAGCCGUCCACAUUAGAGGCGGACACAGCUUAAAUAAGUACUUAGAUGCAUAAAAAAAAAACAAUAAAAUAAUCCAUAAAAUACAAAAAUAAUAGUCCCAUUCGUAGAAACCAUUGCAAUCAGUAGCUCCUUUUGUGUUUAUACCUAUUAAGAUUAAUGAUCCGAUGUAUUAGCAUACCAUAACAUAACAAUGAAUAAAUACACUCUUACAUAUUCCAUAGACUUGUAAUUCGAUGUUCUGCAAUAUAAUCACAAUAUCUCUACAACAUAAUAAGAAAUGGUCAAGGACUUUAUUCCAGUAAGUCAACCACCAUCAAUGACCAUACUCAUUAUAUUCCGAUACCAUAUAGUUAUAUAAUAUACCUACCUAAGUACUUACAUAAAUGUUAUUCUACAAACAUUUUGGCAAAACUAAAUUCUGGCUGUGUCUUUUGGGCUAUGAAAUAAAACUUCCGUAAGAUCAAA